UGUUUGUCAGUAUCACCAAAUGCUCCGUCACAAUCACUUUGUUUCAUUAGGGAGCUGGAAGCCAGGCUUGGCUUUGCUGAAAAUACCUCGCCUCACAGCUAGGAAGGUAUCGCUGACCUUUUCCAGCAUGGAAAUGAUUGCAGUCUCUCUGGUGUAAGAAUUAAAAGCGUCCUUCCCUCCCUCUCUUUUAUUCUCCCCGACUCUCUCUCCCUGCCUCCCCUCCUUUCCCCACUCCUGGUCUCCCCACCUCUUCAUUUUCCUCCGCCUUUGGCCACCAAGGGGUUAACCUUUCCGCCAGUCCUCGGCGCAGCCGCUCGGGCUCGGGCUCGACGGCGCUGUCCACCAAUGCGGUGGUGCUGAAAUGGCAGGCGGGUCUUCCCUUGCCGGCUCCCCCUGCCAGCCGAAAGUAGUUGGAAGUCCAAGUCCAUUGAGGAUGAAGACGCGCGAGGGCAGGAGCCGACGAGGCUGCAGCUGCGGCGCUGCCAGUGCCGCCGCCGCUGCCCAGCUGCGUCCCCACUAAGCCCGCCCAUGCUUUCUGCCGAUGGUGGCGGCGGGACUCCCCGCUGGCUGGAGGGUUCUGCCGACCUCGGGCGCCGCGGGAGCCUGCCGGGCUGCGCAGGGAGUUGCGGGCGAGGCGGGCUGGCGCUGUUGCUCCUGUUGCUAACUUCUGGCUUGGCUCUGGUUCCGGCCCCGGCGGCUGGCCAGCUCCGCUACUCGGUGCCGGAGGAGCUGGAGCACGGAGCCUUCGUGGCCAACAUCGCCGAGGAUCUGGGGCUGGAUGUGGCUAAGCUGUCGGCUCGGCGGUUCCGCAUCGUGUCUCGGGCGGGCAGCAAGCAGCACCUGGAGGUGAACCUGGAAAACGGGAUCCUCUUCGUGAACGAGAAGAUCGACCGUGAGGAAGUGUGCGAGGCCAGCGGGGCCUGCCUCCUUCACCUGCAGCUGGUGAUCGAGAACCCCCUGGAGCUGUACCGGGUGGAAGUGGAGGUGCUCGACAUCAACGAUAACGCGCCCAGCUUCCCCUGGCAGGAGUACGUGUUGGAAGUGACCGAGUCGGCGCUACCAGGCGCCCGAUUUCCCCUAGAGAGUGCUCAGGAUCCCGACGUCGGCACCAACUCCUUGCGUACUUACCGGCUGAGCCCCAACGGCUUUUUCUCGCUGGAGGUUCAGACUCGUAGCGAUGGCAGCAAGUUCGCGGAGCUGGUGCUGGAGCGAAGCCUGGACCGGGAACAGCAGCGGAGCCACCGGGUCUUGCUCACGGCUUUGGACGGUGGCAUCCCCGAGCGAUCGGGCACAGCCAGGGUGGUAGUCACGGUGUUGGACGCCAACGACAACGUGCCCGUCUUCGACCAGGCCUCCUACAGCGUGAGCCUGCCGGAGGAUGCGCCCAAAGGGACGCUGGUCAUCCGCCUCAAUGCUACCGAUUUGGAUGAGGGCCCCAACGGAGAGAUUGAGUACUCCUUCAGCGGGCACGCUCCGCUGCGCGUGCGGGAGCUGUUCAGCGUGGAGCCUCGCAGUGGGCAGGUACGCCUGAAAGGCCAGCUGGACUAUGAGCGAGCCAGCCUCCACGAGCUGUAUGUGCAGGCCAAGGACCGCGGGCCCUCUGCCGUGGCCGUCCACUGCCGAGUGCUGGUGCAUCUCUUGGACGUCAACGACAAUGCGCCCGAGGUGACUCUCACCUCGGUCUCUACGCCGGUGUUGGAGGACGCCCCGCCGGGCACGGUCAUUGCCGUCAUCAGCGUGCUGGACCGGGACUCGGGCGACAAUGGCAAGGUGAGCUGCGAGAUCCCCACCGACGUACCCUUCCAGCUUCAAUCCUCCUUCCACAACUACUACACCCUGGUGACCACAGAGCCUCUGGACCGCGAGGCGGUGGCCGAGUACAACCUCAGCAUCACAGCGCGGGAUCUGGGCUCCCCCGCGCUGGCCACCAGGAAGACUCUGACGGUCCAGGUGUCAGACAUCAACGACAAUGCGCCCCGCUUCCUCCAGCCAUCCUACAGCGUCUAUGUGAUGGAGAAUAACGCGCCGGGGGCCUCCAUCUGCUCGGUCAGCGCUCUGGACCCGGACUGCAAGCAGAACGCCUACCUGUCUUACUCCAUCGCGGAUGGCCAGAUCCAGGGCAUGCCGGUGGCCACCUACGUCUCCAUCAACUCGGACAGCGGGCACAUGUAUGCGCUGCGCUCGCUGGACUAUGAACAGAUCCGCAACUUCCAGGUUCAGGUACUGGCGCAGGAUGCCGGCUUCCCGCCGCUCAGCAGCAACGUCACCGUCCACGUUUUCGUGCUGGACCAGAACGACAACGCGCCCAUCAUCGUGGCCCCGGUGCCCCGCAACGGCUCGGUGGCGACGGAGGUGGUGCCCCGCUCGGCCGACCCGGGCUACCUGGUGGGCAAAGUCUCGGCAGUGGACGCGGAUGCCGGGCAGAAUUCUCGGCUCUCUUAUCAGAUCGUCCAGGCCACGGACGCCAGCCUCUUCAGCGUGGCCCUCUACACCGGCGAGAUACGCACCAUUCGAGCCUUCCUGGAGAAGGACGCCCCGCGGCACCGCCUCUUAGUCCAGGUGCGGGACAACGGCCAGCCGCCGCUGUCGGCCUCCGUCGCCCUGCUGCUCUCGGUGGUGGACAGUGUGCCCGAGGUGCUGUCGGACUUCAGCGAGUUCCCGCUGGGAGCUGAGGCCGGCUCCUCCACCGUCACGCUCUACCUGAUUGUCUCUCUGGGCUCGAUCUCCUUCACCUUCCUGGUGGCCAUUCUCAUCCUUACGGCUAUCAAAUGCCACAAAGACCGGCUCAACCUGCAGGACUACGGCUGCUCGCUCCCGCCGUGCCGGGGCGGCGGAGGCAGUAGCUCCGGCAGCAGCUGCUGCUGCUCGUGCGACCACUCGGGCCCCCCCUCGGACCUCUUCAAGAACUCCAACAACGCCAACCCGCAGCUCUCAUCGGGUCACAAAGGGGCCCCCAACGGUGGCGAGGGCGGGGCUGCGGCUGGCCCUCCGGGUUACUGCUACAAAGUCUGUCUCACCCCUGAGUCGGCCAAGAGCGACUUCAUGUUCCUGAAGCCCUACAGCCCGGCGCCGCCCAGGAACAACGAGAAGGGUCCCGAGAGUUGGCCCUCAGCGGCCGGGAAGACUUCCCCGCGGGUGACAAAAAACUCUUUGCAAUCCUCCAGCCAGGCAAAACAAGCCAAUACAGAUUGGUUACCGUCUAAGCAAUCAACAUUAAAGAGUUCACAAAGUCUAGAAGAUGUAGGGGGAGUUCGUCGAGGGGCCCAGAAAGAACACGAUAGACUGCGCACUUUGGUCACUCCAGUCUCUGAGCUCCAGAAAUCAUCUGGGGUCUCCAACAGCGUCUGGACCCCUCGGUAUCCUCCCCUCUACCCACAACACAUGUCACCUCUGGAUUACCAACACAAUGUAUAUAUCCCAGGGACCCCAACUAUGCCUGCUAAUAAGGAUGGGUCCCUCUUCCUGGAUCAAGAGGCAAAGAACAGCUUCUCUACUUUUGGGAAGAGGAAGAAAAUGACCACCUAUUGUGAUAUACAUGACAACAUGGUUAUUAACAAUAACCUGAAAUAAUCCCUUAUCCAUGUGAGUAGGGGAAGCAGGAGAUGCCUGGGUGCUGGCCAUGGUGCUGAUGAGGCUAUAGUGAGAUUUCUGGCCCUAAGGCACCUGCACUGUUCUGCCUAGCACAAGCUGCCAAGAAGUCUUCACUGUCAUUUGCCUUUUCUGAAAACUCAGUGAAUGGAGAAGAAUUAUGCCAUUAAGACACCAACAGGGAUUUGUAGCAAAACUGGAGGUAACUCCCAGCAGCCUGCAACUGGUUGGUAGUUAUUGGAAUGAGAGAAGGAAUGAAAAGCAAACCAAAAUAAUGCAGAUGAAAUUCUUCCUGUUUUAUCUGAAAGGACGGGUAGUUGUUUUGAGUGGAAAUACCACGUGGCUGGCCACUCAAUGUCAAAUGACCACACUGUCUUGCAUUAUGGAAAAAAGUAAGCCUGGGUGCUAUUGGGGUUAGAGGCUGUGUGUUUGGAAGUCAAAACAACCACGUCCUGGGCACCUCUGUAAGUCUCUUAGCAAGAGCUCCAUUUUGUAAAUGGUGUAGUUUUAUUUCCUUCUUGGCCUGUAUGAAAGUAUCAAGUGCACCUCCAUGUGUUUCUCAUCUUAUUAGCAUACCAGAAUGGCUACAGUGUGGAAAAUCACAGAAAGCUUAGAAAAUACUUGAGCUAAGCCCACAGGGAUUUAUUAUACUCCCAUAAGAAGCAGGUUUUGCUUCUUUAGAAUUUGUGAAUAACUUCUUAUGCGCGGAUGACGGUAAUUCCUAGCAUGCAAAAACCAAUCCAUUUAUUUUGUCUUUCACCUGAAGAGAAAAAUAUUACCUGGUGGUUUAUUUUUUGAUCACACACAUUUGGGUGCAAAGCACAAUGUAAUGCGUGAAUAGGAAGUUUAUUCAAUUGACCUUAACAUUGUGAUUGGAAAUGAGCACCUUCUAAUCUAAAAGGUUUUGUUGUCGUUUUGUGUUGUUAAGAAUGGGGUUUGGUGAUUGACCUUUUGGAAAGAAAGAGUGUUAACAAUGUUUUCUUGCUCACCCUCUCCCUCCAUCCUCCUUUCAAUCGGGUUCUUUGAAGUGGGCGAAAGAGGCACAGGCUGGACUGGCAGAGAUCUUACAGAGGCAGCCCAUUGGAGGCAUGUAGGGAUAUCUUUCUCUAGAAGGGGGCUGUAUUAUCCUGUGAGUCAAAACCCCAUCAGCCGAGAAAAACAACAACUGUGGUCUGGCAGGUUAGGGCAGCAUGUAUACACUGAGCCAUAAAAAAAAAAAUUCUAACCAUGAACAGAUCUUUAUCUUGCACAAAGAAAAAUGUGAUCUGCAUAAAUGAUGCACAUUUCUGCACUUGUUCUCUUCUUGCACAAUUUACUUUGCAAUACAGGGGGCAGACCUCUGCCUUCCACCCAAACACUGGGGAACUUAUCCCAGCUUCUGAAAAUUUCAAGAAGCAUUUCUGUCUUCAUAGUCACAAGCUGUAGCAACUUGUUUUAAAAAUCGUGCAUCUCAGGAAGCCACAUUCUGUAUCCAUUACCACACAAGUACUAUGUUCCUGCAUGAAACUGUCCUCAUACUUCCAAAUUUUUGUAGCCAUCAUUGGCUGAUUUUGUUUUAAAUAAAAAGAUAGAAACAACGGUAAAUACAGAGAUUUUUUUUUUAGGAGACCCAGUUCUGCAGCCAGCAGUGCAUUCUGUGCUUUUUCCAGAGCUCUCAUGGAAGCCAGGUUUGCACAGAGCCCUGAAUGAUUUUAAAAUCCAGUUUUGCUGCCCCUUAAAGGAGCACCAUGAAAGACCUAACUAGAAUGGACACUUUUGCUCUCUGAAAACUACCACAGCAAAGCUGGGUUAUCUCCCUUUUGUUGGCAACCUUAUGUGGGUGGAUCUCAGUACAGUUUCUGUGGGAGGUGGCGUUACAGAUUUUUAAUAUGGCUAAAUAGGCCAAGCAUCCUCUCCUUUGCUUUCCCAACCAUAGCUAAUUUGAAAGGGAAAAGAGAUCUUGAACACAAAGCCGUCACUUAUAGAAAAUGCAUGGCUAAAAUAACAGAAAAGCGGGGAAAGGCUCACUUUGAAGGGAAGACCAAAAUCACUGUUAUCUGAAAGGGGCAGGACUAGACCGCUGGGAGCCUUGGCCUCAGCUAUCAGAAGCUUUGCAUCCGCCUUUCCCAUUCCAGACCAUCAUUCCUCACUACUACUGUCUUCUGUACUACUGCAGACAAUGUGACAGUUGCUGUUUCCCUCCUGUAGAUCUGUUGCAUAUUGCCCUUCAUUCUCUUUGUCUGUGGGCUGUGAUCUCUGCUAUUUGGGGCUUACACUGCAGUUGUCUUUUGCACAUGUCUCAGGAUUAUCACUUGCAACUGGGUUGAGUAUAGGGAGUAGGGACGAGUAGGGCUUAUUAAGUGCUAGAUGUUCCUGUUAGUAGUACACAAAGGCUUAUAUCCAGUAAUAAGUUACAACUUAUUUUAUUUGUAUAU